CAAACACAAGACGGUUACCAGUUUAAAUUGAACAAACUGUUUUCCUGAGGUAAACGUAAGGCAUUUUAUUAAAGUUUAUACAUUUUCUGUGAUUAAAGUAGCGAUUUUAAAAUUAAAAUAACUUAAACAGAGCAUAUGUCACGCAGUGGAAAUAAAAAAAGCAAUAAAAAUGACCCUAUUCGCAAAAAUGUUUUGUGAUAAAUUAAAGCCAUGUUUAGAAUAUACAAUGUGGUGGGUUUGUGAUAAGUUUGUUUGUUAACAGCAGUGAUGUACUAAAAAGAUUUAAAAUUCUAAUGUCUCCCAGUAUUGAUAUAUCACCCAGCACUAACUUUUCUUUCUUUCUGUUUUUCUUUAGCUCUUUGCUUUUUCUUUAAAAUAUAAAUUUUCCCAUGUUGAAAUUACGGAGGCUGUUCGUCCGACAUCAUCUCCUGUCCAGAUGUAGCUCUCAGAAAGCAAAUGACGUCACCCACAAAUAUGAUGUCAUCGUAGUGGGUGGCGGUCAUGCUGGAACAGAAGCGGCUGCCGCCGCAACCAGAAUCGGAUCCGAAACGCUGCUCAUAACGCAUAAAAUCGAAACCAUCGGUGCGCUGUCAUGCAACCCCUCACUGGGAGGAGUAGGAAAAGGUCAGCUGGUGAAGGAGGUGGAUGCUCUGGAUGGCCUGAUGGGUAGAGGAGGCGACUACGCCGGAGUUCACUUCUCCGUCCUCAACCGCAGCAAGGGACCCGCGGUGUGGGGCCCGAGGGCACAGCUGGACCGGGGACGCUACAGGGAGUUCAUACAGUCACAGUUACUCAAUAUGCCGAGACUGACUGUGAUUGAGGGAUCUGUGGAGGAUCUGAUCGUGUCUGCUGCUGACCCAGAAAAGCCCGGGAGACACCGUGUGACUGGAGUCCGUAUGGCGGAUGGCGUUGGGGAAAUACUCGCCAGGGCUGUCGUCAUCACCACCGGCACUUUCCUUUCCGGCUCCCUCUUCAUGGGCCAGACCACGUCUCCUGGAGGGAGGAUGGGUGAACCCCCGUCCUGCUCGGGUCUCUCACACAGUCUAAGAGAAGUGCUCGGGUUAAAACUCGGCCGGCUGAGGACUGGGACGCCACCUCGGAUCAUUAAAGACACGGUCGACUUCUCCCUCGCUGAGCUUCACCUUCCAGACCCGCGGCCAACUCCGUUUAGCUUCAUUAACAAACACACACACUGCAAGCCGGAGAAUCAGCUCCCGUGUCACCUGACCCACACGACCCCAGGUGUAGAAGACGUGGUGCGUCAGAGCCUGCACAUGAACUCGCACAUACAGCAGGACACCAAAGGACCCAGGUACUGUCCUUCCAUCGAGUCCCGGGUCCUGCGUUUUCCCGGGCGACAGCAUCAGGUCUGGUUGGAGCCAGAGGGGUUGACCUCCGACCUCGUGUACCCUCAGGGGUUGUCCAUGACGAUGCCCCCUGACCUGCAGCUCCGGCUCCUCCGGGAAAUUCCCGCUUUGCACCGGGUGGAGAUUAGGACACCGGGUUACGGGGUGCAGUAUGACUUUGUUUGCCCAAUGCAGCUGUUCCCGUGGCUGCAGGUCAAGGGUGUCCAGGGGCUUUUCCUGGCAGGACAGAUUAAUGGGACGACAGGGUACGAGGAAGCAGCAGCACAGGGUUUGUGGGCGGGCGUUAACGCUGGAAGGACCGCCCUCUCUCUCCCCCCUCUGUCCCUGUCCCGUACCGAGAGCUACAUCGGGGUGAUGAUCGAUGACCUGGUGAGCCGCGGCGUUACUGAACCAUACCGCAUGUUCACGAGCCGGGCCGAGUUCAGGACCUCACUCCGCCCCGAUAACGCGGACCUGCGCCUCACGCUCAGAGGUUUUGAAGAGGUCGGGUGUGUGUCGUCAGAGCGCUAUAGCGAGGCUCAAAGAGUGGGUCGGGGUCUCGGCGACGCCCUCGUCGCCUUGCAGUCCGUCACCAUGUCCUCUCAACGCUGGAGGGAAAAACUGCGAGACGCAGGGAUCAGUGAGGUGAAAAGCACGCUCAUCAGCGGAGAAGAGAUGCUGCAGCAUAAAGAGGUCUCAUUCGAAAUGUUGGUCUCCAUCUUCCCUGAAAUAUUUACACAGUAUUUAGAGUUUUCCCAGCGGAUCAAAAUCGAAGACCUCCUGCCUGGCAGUUCCAACCUCAGCAUCCUUCUACCGAUAUAUUCACAAUCUCUCCUCUGAACAUGUCCAAACCACCUCAAUCUGGCCUCUCUGACUUUAUCUCCAAAACAUCUAACAUGGGUUGUCCCUCUGAUGAACUCAUUCUUGUUCCUAUUCAUCCUUGUCACUCCCAAAGAGAACCUUAACAUCUUCAGCUCUGCUACCUCCAACUCUGCCUCCUGUCUUUUCUUCAGAAUUUACACUUAUUCCACUUUAGAAUAUCAGCUCUGUUAACUUCCAGAUUCUGGGGUUAAAUCCCAAAUAGUGUUAAAUGGAAAGCUAGUGCACUAUGUAGGGUGUACAAUCCCUUGUUCCAUACACCAAGUAGUGCCCUUGCCUAGAUGUGUGUUCUUACUGAAAGUGCUUCUGUGACUGGUUGUGAAUGUGAGUUUUGUCAGACAGCUGCUCUCUCCUCAGUACAGACCUACUCUCACCCACGCUGAGACACACAGUUAGUGUCAUUAACCACUGGACAACAUCUGGGACACGCCCACUCAUGCAGAUAGUAACAGCACUGUGCCGUGUAACUAUCUGUUAUCAUCACUCACAUUCUCGAGUCACUACACUCAACUGUUACCGUUAACUCCUACUGCUUCCAUACUCCGCUGUUACU